AUGAACUCUUGGAAUGAAUUGAGAGCUAGACUAAGCAAAAAUAAAACGAUUGACAAGGAGUUGCAACAGGAGAUUGCAAAGGAGAAAGAGCGCAUAAGGAAAGUCAUGCUAAGAAUAGUUGCUAUUGUGAAAUUUCUUGGUAAACGAAGUUUAGCAUUCAGAGGAUCUAGUGAGCAACUUUACAAUGAUCUUAAUGGAAAUUUCUUUGCUUGUUGUGAGAUGAUUGCAGAAUUUGACUUUGUAAUGGAAGACCACAUUAGACGGUUUAAAAACAAAGAGAUUCGGUAUCAUUAUCUUAGUCAUAAAAUUCAGAAUGAGUUGAUUUCUCUUAUGGCCUCUGACAUUACAAAUUCUAUCAUAAAGUCUGUUAAAGAAGCCAAAUAUUUCUCAGUUAUCCUUGAUUGCACCCCUGAUGUGAGUCACCAAGAACAAAUGAGUUUGUUGGUCCGAUGUGUUGAUAUGUCUGAUGGAAAAAUAAAAAUUGAAGAGUACUUUCUUGGUUUUUUAAAGGUGGAUGACACAUCUGGUGAAGGGCUUUUCAAUGUUUUGCUUGUUUCUAUCAAAUCAUUUGGUCUCAAUAUUGGUGACAUUAGGGGCCAAGGCUAUGACAACGGCUCUAAUAUGAAAGGAAAAAAUAAGGGAGUACAAAGGAGGUUACUUGAUAUAAAUCCAAGAGCUUUGUAUAUGCCUUGUGCUUGCCACAGUCUUAAUCUUACUCUUUGUGAUAUGGCGAAAUCAUGUCGUAAGGCUAUUUCAUUCUUUGGAGUUGUGCAACGGAUAUAUGUAUUAUUUGCUAGUUCUACCAAGAGAUGGAGUGUUUUGCUUGAACAUGUCAAAAAUUUAACUGUGAAAUCAUUGAGCAGUACUCGUUGGGAAAGUCGAAUUAAAAGUAUCAAAGCAAUUAGAUAUCAAGCUCCUGAACUAAGAUCAGCUUUGCUAUCAUUGAGUGAAGAUAGUGACACUGAAGCCAAGGAUAGGAGUGAUGCAAAAAAUUUAUUUGAUAUCCUUGGCAGCUUUGAGUUCAUACUUGGUAUGGUUAUUUGGCAUGAUAUUUUGUUUGCUGUAAAUACUGUAAGCAAGAAGCUGCAAUCACCAUCCAUGUGCAUUGAUUCUACCUUACAACAGAUAGAAGGAAUGUUGAGUUAUUUUGACACCUAUAGAAAUGAAGGAUUUGCUUCGAGUAUGAUCAUUGCCACUGAAAUUGCAUCUGAAAUGGGUGUAGAGACAACAUUUCCAGUAAAGCGUCGUGCUACUAGGAAGAAACAAUUUGAUGAAACUGACUACAAUGAAGCGAUUUUGCAAGCUGAGAAGGACUUUGAAGUUAAUUAUUUUCUUGUUAUGGUCGACAAUGCAAUCAGUUCACUAAAAAGUAGAUUUGAGGAACUCCAAUCAUUCAAAGGUAUAUUUGGGUUUAUAAUGAGUUCAGAAACCUUGAAGUCAUUGGAUAGUGAUGGACUAAAAGAGUGCUGCACCAAAUUUUCAGAAACUUUCUCUCUAGAUGGUUCAUCUGAUGUUGAGAUAAAUGAUCUAAUUUCUGAGUUAACUGUUAUGCAGUCCACUUUGCCAGAUAGAUCAAUGUCUGCUAUGGAGAUUUUUGAAUUUGUCCAUGAAGCUGAUUGUUAUCCUAAUAUUUCUAUUGCAUACCGGAUCUUAUUUACUGUGCCUGUGACAGUGGCAUCAGCUGAAAGAAGCUUUUCAAAGUUAAAACUAUUGAAGAAUUAUCUAAGGUCCAUAAUGUCUCAAGAAAGGUGA